AUGAAGUCUGAGAGUCAUCUAAUGCAGACCACGCUCUUUGGAAGACGGGCAGUCGGGGGGCGGGGCGGGGUGGUGAGUGUGGGAGUAUUCUGUGUGAACCUGCGGGUGACGGGGCCGGGGGUAUUGGAGAUUGUACGGUACGCGGAGGGCGGGCUAGUGUGCGCAACUCCCUUUACACGCGUCCUGCCCUUCCCUACCCCUCCCCGCCCUCCACGCCCCGCCCUGUCUGCCGCGGUAACGGCGGCUCGGGGUGCGGCGCGGCGGAAGCCGCUGCUCUGCGGAACGCGGUGGAACAGGGGCGGGAGCGUUGGGGCGGGCGCCCCGAGCCGGAAGCGCGCUGGUCCCGCAGGGGCGGCCUCGGACGUGGGCAAGAUGUCCUUCAAGAAGGAAACUCCACUUGCCAAUGCCGCAUUCUGGGCAGCGAGGAGAGGAAACCUGGCUCUGCUCAGGCUGCUGCUGAACAGCGGUCGGGUGGACGUGGACUGCAGGGACAGUUAUGGCACCACGCUCCUCAUGGUCGCCUCCUAUGCUGGUCACAUAGACUGUGUGAGGGAACUCGUUCUCCAAGGAGCAGACAUCAAUCUCCAGAGAGAGUCAGGUACAACUGCUCUGUUCUUCGCUGCCCAGCAAGGCCACAAUGAUGUCGUGAGAUUUCUCUUUGAAUUUGGAGCAUCCACUGAGUUUAGGACCAAAGACGGGGGCACUGCCCUGUUGGCCGCCAGUCAGUAUGGGCACAGGCAGGUGGUGGACACCUUGCUGAAGCACGGAGCCAACAUCCAUGACCAGCUCUAUGAUGGAGCUACUGCACUCUUCCUAGCCGCCCAAGGCGGUUACUUGGAUGUUACUCGAUUACUGUUGUCUUCAGGAGCUAAGGUCAACCAGCCGAGGCAGGAUGGAACAGCGCCUCUGUGGAUCGCGUCUCAGAUGGGCCACAGCGACGUGGUGAGGGUGAUGCUGCUGCGUGGAGCCGACCGGGACGCCGCCCGCGACGAUGGUACAACAGCAUUACUGAAAGCAGCCAACAAAGGCUAUAAUGAUGUUAUAGAGGAGUUGCUGAAAUUCUCACCUACCCUUGGUAUUUUGAAGAAUGGGACGUCGGCCCUCCACGCGGCAGUGCUCAGCGGAAAUAUUAAAACAGUCGCGCUGCUCCUGGAAGCAGGGGCAGACCCCGCCCUGAGAAACAAGGCCAAUAAACUUCCUGCAGAACUAACCAAAAAUGAACGCAUAUUGCGCCUCCUCCGAAGUAAAGAAGGACACAGGAAGAGCUAACUUAGAUGCAUAUUUGACUGAAAGGUAGAAAUCUUAACCACAUUGUCCAACUAGAAAUUGCUUUCAAAUAGUGUUGGAAAUUCUUUGAAGACAGAAAAUGCUCCAAAUCCCCUGGGUCCCUGCCCAAAAAGAGCUGUGCUUUGUCCUGAAGCAAGAACAGAGCAGCUCAGGGACCCCUUCCCUCGUUCGCAUGGGCUUCUCACACUGGUCUGUGGCCCCGCUACGGCGGGGCCUGGCGGUUCCGUGGGUUCCACAGAAACUCAUUUUAAACUGUACUAACUUGGGUUUCUCUAAUUGUUAAUAGUUAAACUCUUAAUUGUCAAACCUUCCAAGAGCUUUAAGUAAGAAGACAGAAAUAUUGCAAGCCUUUAAAAGACUGAAAGUCUGACCUUCAGUGAAUCAAUGCACUUUUGCUUUUGUGUUAAAUGUAAGUGUGCUAAAACAUACCUCCAUUCUGCUUUACACAUAAACGUGUGUCAUUCCAGUGUAAAAUGUUUUCUUCUACCCAAGGAUUAUAGCCAUGGUUACUAAGACUUAAUGAAGUGUAAAGUUGCAUUAUUAAAAAGCCAUUUCUGACAUUCCACCAUGUGCUUUUCAAAGAUGGACUGUUGCACUAUAAAAAAGGCAAAUUGCGCAUUUGUGAGUUGAUCUUCAUCUUAUUCCUAAUGUGUAAAAAUUGUUCUUAUCUGUUGUCCAUAGUGUGGGUGUGGUAAUACACAAGUGGCAAAUUUGGAAAUUCAGAAAAUUACAAACCACACGAAAUGUAGGCUUCUUUCUUUGAGCUUUUACUUUAGUUCUAUUAUUGGGAAUCUACUUCCUGUGCCAUAACUAAGUAAUUUAACAUGCUGCAGAAUCUCGAGCUUCCAGAUCACAUUGCCUGAUACAGUGACUUCGAGGCCCUUAGAUAAAAUGUGAUGUGUGCAAGGACAGUAUGUCACUAUCACUGUUGAAGGGUAUAAGUAUUAAAAGACUGUUAUUAGAAUUUAGUAAGUGUUCAUCUAUGCAUGCAUUGAUUGAUUCCAAGAAAGAAACCUGGGUUUUACUGAAAUACACCCUUGAGAGGGGGUGUCAAAAUUUGUAAUCAAUGCACUUUACAACCAGUGGUGUCUACCUGCCUCAGUCGGUGCCUCACUGCACGAGCAAAGAUUAACCCUUUUGUUUGUAACCUGCCGUAUUAAACACUGAUGGCAUUUCUGUUACCAAAAAACACAUUUUUCAUUUUCUUGUCCAUGUUCUGCUCUAGUUUGCAGCCAGGGCUCGAUGUAAUUACAUGUAAAAAUGGAGGGAAAUGUAAUCCCAAAAGACUUUUUUAACCAUCUUGCAGUGUCACUAAAAGCAGUUUCUUUAAGUCAGUAAAUAAUAGAAUUUUACUGACUUAAUUUUAAUUUUGAAAUUAGAAGACAUUCUCUUAAAGUUUAUUAUGAUCAAUAAAAUAAUCAACCAAAAUCAGUUUAUUUCGGUCAGUGUCACAAGCAGAGCCAGUAAUGACAACCCACAGUCCCCAGAGACCCCUACAGCCUAACUCUCGGGGCAGCACACCUGCAGUCUCAUUUCAGAACAGAAACUCAGGAAGCUGUCUAGAUUGCUAGAACACCUGUAUACAAAAAUUUUAGUCGCUGAAAGGCAGUGCUAAUUGCCUCAUUGACUUUCUUUUAUUCAGCAGAAUUGUACAAUUACACAUCCCCCCCACGGGAAUUUCACAAAGUUAUAUUUAUUUUAAAGAGGAAAAUAAUGUGGCCUUAAAUGUUUUAUAUGUUUUUCCAUUAGUUAGAGCGCUUAGGCCAAAAACGGUUGCCCAACACCGAUCAAAAUCACAACAGUUUUAUAGGUACUGAUAGCAAAGUUCCAAAAGUAAAAAAUGGGAUGAAAUUACACUCAUAAUGUUGUUUUCACUAAAAUAUGUUUUCCUUGGCCUAUUCAUUAGAUCAUUUUAUGUGGGUAAUGUUCUUGAUCAACGUUAGGGCAUUAAAAAUGAAUCUGGUAGCUUUAACAAUAUGGAGGCCUUCUCCGGAAGAGGUCUCUAGGGUAGAAGGCUAUGAUAUUAGACAUAGAAGGUAAUAUGAUUAUAUAAGUCAAUCAC